AACAAGUUAAACAAAAUAAUUAUUUGCAUAUCCGAUAAGGCAUGCUGACGUAGUGUUGGAUCUUAACAUAGAUGGGGGGGAAUCGUAUAAGUGGAUCUUAACAUGGAUUUACAAUGCCAUCUAAUUAAACGUUUAGGCCAAAGUUUAUUGAAUUUCUUAGGUCUUGAUUAGAAAAGCCAAUGACAAAGCAAAUACUGAUAUACUAUAAAACAGUAUGUACUACGCAGUAUGCUGCAGAAUUUUUUGUCUGUAUAUAUUUACUGAUGUUUUCAUUUUAUUAAAAAUUAUUAUACGAUAUAAAAACCACUCAUCUUUUUUUCAUUGAAAGUUCCAUUAAUCAUAAACAGAGAUUUACAUGUGACGAGAUAAAAAUCUACCAAGUUAAAACUUACCUCUAGAACCAGCAAGCAGGAAACAAAUCUUUCUCUGGAAGAAUAAGCCGACAGAAUUAACCAAAUUAUUUGGAGAUAAAACAACUAAAACAAAGACUAAAAUACAAACAUAUAUCAAUUCUAGAUCGAAAUUACAAGACACCCACCCAUAUACGAGGAGACACAGAAAGAUCGAGGGGAGGAGCAUAGCGGCACCCAAACACCAAAUUUUAUUAGGAAAGAAGCCACACUUCAUAAUUUUCCUUUGAAGAUUACUCCAUAAUCUACGAGGAAGAAAGCGGACCAUACAACUCAUGAAGAUGAUAGACACAAUUUUUAACAUUCAAACUUUCACGGCAGAAGGCAUAAAGAACCAGAGCCCCAAUUCCUUGAGAAAAAACCAGAGAUUCUAUCCACCAAGACAAACGAUAAGGAAAUCAAUCCGGGAUCUAUUCCAUGGCAAUAUAUAGAAGCCAAGGAAAAACCAACUCUUACAAUCCUCAGUAGAACCACCACAUGAAACUGAUAAAAGAAAAUGCAACCAGAUCAGGAUGGAAAAACCAUCGAAAGAAACAAAGACUCUUGAAUUAAAUACACAGCGAAAGAUCUCUGAAACCAACAAUAGAACCUAGAAAAAAAAAAAAACAUGCUAGGGCAGAGAAUAAGCUUCAAUAGUUUACAUAAAACAUAAUUCGGAGCAACACUUGUUUCUAAAAAAUACGAAUAACUCAAAAAGGUGUUUAAAUGUGUUUAUUUGAGAUUUAACAUGUCCAUGGACAUAGUUAAUGGAAAACAAUACAAUGGUUAGUUCUUUAAAAAAUGAGAUAAUGAAAUUGUUACGCACAAGAUGAUACAUUUAAGACCAAAUAAGCCUUUAAAGCAUAGCCCUUCAAUUAAAAAAAAAGGGUCCACGGAGUUCUGACUAAAUAAAAAAGACAUAAACCUUUCCCGUACCUUACAUUUGUCUCUACUUAAGGUUAAGGGCCAAAUUGCUCUUAAUUCUUUCAUUGUAUAAUUGAUUAAGAUUAGGCUUUAUAAUAAAUAAAAACUAACUAAUUAGUCCUUUUGAGUGGCUCUGCAUCUCUUUUAAUUUAGUUGCUUCUCUUUAAUAGUUUGUUUGUUUGUUUGGUCAAAAUCUCACACGCUCUUUUUGCAUGCUCUUUGCCACGUGCUAUCGUCGUCUCUCUCAAAUGAGCUGUCUCUCUAAUCAGUGUUUUUCUGUAUAGGAACCUCUCUCUCUCUCCCUCUCUCUCAUCGUUUUUCUCUCUCAUCUAACACAUGAGAAGAGCCUAUAAAACCCCUUCACAUCUCCCACUUGGUUUGCAUCACAAUACAUCUUCCCAUUACACAAAAAACAAAAAUAUAACAAAAUAUCUUUUUUCUGUUUUGUUUUAAAUAGUUUGAAGUCACAAGUUCUUUGUUGUUCAGCUGUUUCCCCCUUCCCACUAUCAUCAUACGAAGUGGGGUUUCGCUGGACGAAUAAACGAAAACUUUAAUUUUUAUUAAAGAAAAAUGGAUUUCUCCGCCUUGCUUCUAACUCUCUUCACCGGAAUUAUCUUCCUCUACUUCCUCCGGUGCUUAAUCUCUCAGCGCCGCCGUGGACCCUCGAAACUCCCACUCCCGCCGGGAACAAUGGGUUGGCCUUACGUCGGCGAGACUUUCCAGCUCUACUCUCAAGACCCUAACGUCUUUUUCGCAUCAAAACAGAAAAGGUAUGGAUCGGUGUUUAAGACACAUGUAUUGGGAUGUCCGUGUGUGAUGAUCUCAAGCCCUGAAGCUGCCAAGUUCGUGCUCGUGACCAAGUCUCAUCUCUUCAAACCUACUUUCCCGGCGAGUAAAGAGAGGAUGCUAGGGAAACAAGCCAUCUUCUUCCACCAAGGUGAUUACCACGCGAAACUCAGGAAGCUCGUCCUCCGUGCUUUCAUGCCUGAAGCGAUCAGAGACAUGGUUCCCGACAUCGAAUCAAUCGCUCAGGACUCUCUUCGAAACUGGGAUGGAACAAUGAUCAACACUUAUCAAGAAAUGAAAACAUACACAUUCAACGUGGCGCUGCUCUCGAUCUUCGGAAAAGACGAGGUUCUAUACAGAGAAGAUCUGAAACGAUGCUACUACAUUCUCGAGAAAGGCUACAACUCGAUGCCUGUAAACCUCCCUGGAACGCUCUUCCACAAAGCUAUGAAGGCUCGCAAGGAGCUCUCACAGAUCCUCGCUAGGAUCUUAUCGGAGAGAAGGGAGAACAGAUCCUCACACAACGAUCUUCUCGGUUCUUUCAUGGGUGACAAAGAAGAGCUGAGCGACGAACAGAUCGCUGAUAACAUCAUCGGAGUGAUCUUCGCCGCUAGAGACACGACAGCGAGUGUGAUGACGUGGAUCCUUAAGUACUUGGUUGAGAAUCCCAACGUUCUAGAAGCCGUUACUGAAGAGCAGAUGGCAAUAAGGGAGGACAAAGGAGAAGGAGAGUCUCUAACUUGGAGCGAUACAAAGAAGAUGCCAAUAACUUCAAGAGUCAUUCAAGAAACAUUAAGAGUUGCUUCAAUCCUAUCUUUCACAUUCAGAGAAGCUGUAGAAGAUGUAGAGUAUGAAGGAUAUUUGAUACCUAAAGGAUGGAAAGUUCUGCCGCUUUUCAGAAACAUUCACCAUAGUGCUGAUAUCUUUUCAAAUCCUGGGAAGUUUGAUCCAUCAAGAUUUGAGGUGGCUCCAAAACCGAAUACUUUCAUGCCAUUUGGCAAUGGAACCCACUCGUGUCCUGGAAAUGAACUAGCCAAGCUUGAGAUGUCUAUCAUGAUACAUCAUCUAACCACCAAGUACAGAUGGUCGAUAGUUGGAGCUAGUGAUGGGAUUCAGUAUGGACCCUUUGCGCUUCCCCAAAACGGACUGCCCAUUAUGCUGACCCGGAAGUCGGAAAUCGAUAUGUAGAGUUACGUGAUUGUCCCUUAGCAAUUCUUUAGAGGGAGACUACAGAAGAGAAACUAUAAUUGAUUUUUCUUGCUAAAGAAAAAUAGGGAGAAAUGGAAAGAAAAAAAAUCAAGAUUUUGGUAGGUAAAAAAUUCUCAAAAAUGGGAAAACAGGAGAAGCACCAAUUGUAAAAAAAAGAAGCAAUUUUUCUUAUUUAUUUAUUUUAGUUUAAGAUGGGGAAAAGUUGGUCAUUGAGUCUUCAAAUUCAAGGAAAACGUUAUAUGAAUAUCUUAAUUGUAUUUCAUUCACCCCAAAAAUAUCAUGAAUAUAUUUAACUGAUUCGUCCCGUA